AUGACACCCAGAAAUGAAGCACACGCCCAGAUUCACGGCUUAGUCGGAAAGCCAUUACUUUACUUCACAAGUGUGUUUGUAUCACUGGGUGUCUUUCUUUUUGGCUAUGACCAGGGUGUAAUGUCUGGCAUCAUAACUGGCUGGUACUUCAAAGAUUACUUCAACCAGCCUUCUCGGGCUACAAUUGGUACAGUGGUUGCAGUUCUCGAAAUUGGAGCAUUCAUAUCCUCGCUCCUUGUGGGGCGUGUCGGUGAUGUGAUCGGUCGUCGAAGGACUAUACUCUAUGGCUCCAUUGUGUUUUUCAUUGGCGGUGCUUUUCAAGCAUUUGCCACAGGUAUUCCCAUGAUGAUGGUCGGUCGUGUCAUUGCUGGACUAGGCGUUGGCGCCCUCUCUACCAUUGUGCCAGUUUACCAGUCUGAAAUCUCGCCUCCCCACAACCGUGGGAAGCUCGCAUGCAUCGAAUUUACCGGCAAUAUUGCUGGAUAUGCGACUAGUGUGUGGGUAGACUAUUUCUGUAGCUUUAUCGAUAGCGACUACUCCUGGCGCCUCCCGCUCCUUUUCCAGUGUGUCAUGGGUGCAUUGCUUGGGGCUGGCAGUCUAAUGAUCUGUGAAUCACCUAGGUGGCUUCUUGAUAAUGACCACGACGAGGAGGGUAUGGUGGUGAUCGCAAACCUGUAUGGUGAAGGCGAUCUCCUCAAUGACAAGGCCCGGCAAGAAUAUCGUGAGAUCAAGAUGAACGUCCUCGUCCAGCGACAAGAGGGCGAGCGAUCCUACUCCGACAUGUUCCGCCGGUAUCGCAAACGGGUGUUGAUUGCCAUGUCGGCUCAAGCCCUAGCUCAACUCAACGGGAUUAACGUAAUCUCAUACUAUGCUCCUCUCGUUUUUGAACAGGCCGGCUGGGUUGGACGGGAUGCCAUCCUUAUGACCGGAAUCAAUGGCAUUUCAUACUUGCUAUCUACCAUACCACCGUGGUAUCUCGUGGAUGGCUGGGGUCGGCGACCGAUCCUACUUUCGGGUGCUGUUGCCAUGCUCAUUUCGCUUUCUCUUAUCUCCUACUUUAUUUAUAUUGAGAUUCCUGCCACCCCAACCCUGACAGUGAUCUUUGUUAUGCUCUAUAACGCAGCUUUCGGGGCAUCUUGGGGCCCCAUUCCAUGGUUAUACCCCCCGGAGAUCUUGCCUUUGAGUAUUCGCGCCAAAGGUGCAAGCUUGAGUACCGCUUCAAAUUGGGCAUUCAAUUGGCUCGUGGGUGAAGUGACCCCUGUUCUCCAGGAAGUUAUCAAGUGGCGGUUAUAUCUGGUUCAUGCAUUCUUUUGUGCAUGCAGUUUUGUGCUUGUUUAUUUUUUGUUCCCCGAAACGAGUGGGGUUCGCCUCGAAGAUAUGAACAUUCUUUUUGGCGAUGCUUCCACCGCCAUGCCGACACCGGCCACCCAAGGCGAACGCGGGUCGCUAAUGGGUGCUGGUUCACCCGUCCCAUCGCUUGAUCUGCGUCGGCAGUAUGGUCAAUUUGGGGCAGAAAGUUCCAUCCCCGGCCUAGAUAUUGAUCCUCCGACUUCAAGCCAUGAAGGAACCAGCAAACGCGGACGCUCAGAUUCCCACCAGGGUAGUGCUCGCGGCGAAGGAAUUGGUGGCUGGAUCUCAAGCAUGGUCAGUCGAAACCGAGGAGCGGCCCCCAACGCUACCAGCAGUCAAUAUAGACGUUUGGAGCAAGGAGAAGGAGACGAGCAAUGA